UCCGCACUCCGCCGGUCUACACGCCGCCCCAAUGUCUAAAAUCGAGAUGCUGAGGGUGCUGAUUAACCAGCGGCUCACCGCGGCCGCAGAGGAGAUCUUCGGGGUGUUUGGGAGGACCAUAGCCGAGUACGAGGAGGAGAUCUCUCGCUCCAAGCUGGAGAUCGACCGCCAGCGCCGGCUGCUGGACCUCUCUAGGAAGCCGCAGAUAUCUCUGCAGGUCAGCAGCGCAGCCCUCUCUGAACAGCAGGAGUGGAGCUCCACUCUGGGCCUAAAUGAAACAAAGUCUCCUCAUAUCAAAGAGGAGGAGGAGGACGAGCUGUGGCCGGCUCAGCAGGAGGACGAGCUUCAGGCGACGGAGCAGAACGACGUCAAGUUCAUGUUGUUCCGUAGCGGCGGUGCGAGAAACGAGCAGGAUGACGACCACGUGACCCCCUCGCUCUCAAACUUCCGGAGCCAGGACCUGGAGGACUCAGAGCUUGACCCCCAGCCGGGGACCUCAGUCCAGCAGACCUGCUCUGAACUCGAUGAGGACGCUCCUGAAACUUCAGAGCUGGCUUCAGGUAACGGCCAGCUCGACUGUGUCGACCUGGAAGCUCCGCUGUCCGAGGUGGUGGACUCGUACAUUUGCACCAUUUGCGGCCGUGCGUUCGCUCAGCGAGGCCACUGGGCCAAACACGUGCAGGUGCACAGGAAAGUAGAGACCAAAGUCGACAAGUCGUACACGUGUGACAUUUGCGGCAAGAGACUGACGCGGUUUGACGGUUAUCAGAAACACUUGAGGAUCCACACGGGCGAGAAGCCGUACUGCUGCGAUGAGUGCGGCCGCAGAUUCAGCGACAACUCGAAUUACAAACGGCACAUUCGCACACACACAGGACAGAAAACACAGCAGAGCUGAGGCACAGCAGAGACACUAAUAUCUGACGGAGCACAGUAAAAGAUGUCAAACCUCCGUUAUAAGAAGUGGUAAAAAGCACAGCCAGGACAUGUCAAUGCUGACGUGGGUGCGUUUGAAAAUGUUUCUUUUAUUUGUCUCCAUUUUUGUCCCCCUCUGCACACUAAGCUGCUGUUUCAUCCCAUGACAAGAAACAUUUUAAAAAAUCUCUCCCGAGGAGAAGAAAUAUCAGCACACCAGUCUUGUGUUGUAGAGUGGGCGGGGAAACACUAAUUUAUGAUGAUCAGGUUUUUCAGGAAUAGAGGAAUAUCUGCUUUCACAGAGUCACCUCAGACUCUGACCCUUUAUUUUCAUGUGGAUACAUAAUGCUUUGAGUUAAUAACAUAUAACAGAUGACUGCACCGCUAUAAACUGGGACAAAUUAUGAAUAUAUGGGCGGCAGGGAGGUACAGUGGUUAGAGCUGUCGCCGCACAGCAAGAAGGUUCUGGGUUCAAACAAGUACCUGUGGCGGUAUCCUCCAGGUACUCUGGCUUCCUCCCUUAGUCCAAAGACAUGCAGGUUACUUGAUGACUCUAAAUCGCCUGUAGUUGUGAAUGUGAGCAUGAAUGGUUGUUUGUUUGUCUGUCUGUCCAGGGUGUACCUCGCCCUCGCCCAAUGUCAGGUCAUCAACAAAACACCCCAAUGCAAUGGAGAACAUGUGAGUGAGCAGACGCAUUUACAACAGAGCCCCGGGAAAUUCAAAGACAGACACAGAAAUGAAAUGAAAAUUAAACAAUAUAAAUUUAAAAAAGCUGAAUUAGAUCAGUAGAGUGUCAUCGGCCGUGUUCGUGUCAGCGAGCCAGAUGUGUAAAACUCUGUGCAAGUUCACGACUAAAGCACAAAGACUGAAAUAUGGAAAUUCACUUUGAUCACAUGGUUCUUAUAUAUAAAUGUAAGAGCCUGAUUACCACUCUUUAACUGGAUGUAGGCACUGAAGCCCGACCCAUACUGGAUUUUGAAGGCCAGUAAUGACAUUAAUAUAUAAAGAAAAAUAAGAUGGUAUAUCAGCUGUACUGAGCAGUACUGACAUUUUUUUUUUUUAAAAAAGGAUUCUGCCAUUAAACAAAAGAAGAGGAAUCACAGAAUUUUAAAUAAGUUUUCUUGCAUCAACAUUUCAAUGUGGACAGAUGAAUGGAGGGAAACUUUGGACAUGUGAGUGGAUUUUUCAUAUUUAUCCUCAUUAAUGUGAACAUGGACCUGGACAAGACAAGAAGAGACAUAUACAGUAUUUUUAUAUCUUAAAUAUAUUCUAACAGACAUUUAUGCAUUGGAGGAAACAGUGAUGUUGCAGUUUUUUAGAUGCAUCAAACUGAUGUUGACACAGGAGCAGUUUGCUGUCACUGUAGAUUCACCAGUGUUUGACUUGUGACCAAUACAUUUUUUAAUUUUUUGUUACUGGUAGCGAGGCAGUGCAGAGGUCUGUAGCACAAAUAUCAUGGUUUUGUUUAAAUCAGAACAUGGAAACAUAAAAGUCUGGAGUUUGUAUUCAGGAUGUCAGGAACAUUUGAAAACCAGUUCAGGAUGUCAACUCAAAUAAACCUGGCUUCCCAAGCAGUCAACAGUCAAUCAGUGUUGCUUUAACAAGACUGUACGACAGUUUACUUAAGUAAUAAAUGCACAUGAUAAAAAACAAAUUUUCAUGUUUAAACUGUUUUAUUUUACCAUGAUUAAAAAAUAAAAGGCUCCAUUAGACCAAUAACGUUUCACCUGAGGAAACAGUUUUGUUUCUGUUUCUACUGCCGUCAAUGUGCCUUUCCACAAAAUAUAUCAUCACUGCAAAAGCCAAAGCCAUCUGUGAUACCCGGAGUGUCUGUAAGUGACAAACUGUAGGGCUGCACAAUUAUUUCCAUAUUUUAUUAAAUCUGCCAAUUAUUGUGUCAGUUGAUUAAUUGUUAAUUUAUUCAGUUUAAUUUGUAGCCCCAGCCUACACAUCAUACCCUCCAGAUGUAAGAGAACAUGCUAGUUUGGUCAGAGACCCAGCAAAACAAAAAUCAUCAUCGUUUUUAUAUUUCUUCUAAUGAGAUUAGGAUUUUGACAUU